AUCACGUGACAGUCAAGGUGCAUACAUUUUAAUUUUGUAGUAUAAUUUUAUGUUGCCGAUCAGAAAAUUUGGAUUUUUUCGAUAGUUUUACAACGAUUUCAUAAAUAUUGCAUUUUUGUCGUACUUUACUUAUGCGAAAGGCAACGUUUGAGACCUUUUUAUGUGCUAUUGGUCCAGCUGCUUCCGCUGUAUAUAGUAUCGACGGGGUGCCAGCUAUCAUAUUUCAAGUCACAAGUAUAUUUAGUGAACCUUCAGACAGCGAUACUCUUCGAAUAGACACAAUAAAACUCAGCUUUUACGUAUUGGAAACAUGGAUAUAGAUGAUGAGUACGAAUCCGAGUUUCCUGUUAGCCUUUGCUCCGACUUCGAGCAAACUAUGGCACUUCUCGAGAUGGAUAUUGAGGAGGUUCAGUCCGAAGUUGAACACUCGCUUGAAGAGGUAGAAGGAAAGAAGCAGUUUCCUUGCAACUUCUGCGAGAAAGUUUGCAAAUCGAAAGGUGGCUUAACGAAGCACCAGCGGAGUAAACACGUCGAACAAGUGGGUGAGAGUUCAUCUUCAUCUAAAAUUGAGAAAAAUGUGUUAUCAGUGGAAAACGUGUGCUCUAUUAUCCGCGACAUCGGUCGACAUUUGGUUGACGAAAAACUUUAUAAAGAGGAACAAACAGCAGAAAUAUUCAAGCUUUCUCCAACUGAUUUAUUUGUCAGCUUUGUCAAUCAACUCUUACUGAAAUUUAAAAGGAAGAGAAAUCAAGACAAAUUUCUUACAGAGUUUUAUGGAAAUUCAUAUGCCAACUGGAAAAAAUUCUUUCAUCCUUAUGGAGAACAGAAAAUAGUUUUUCUUAUGUUAAUCCAUCUUCCCCAACGCCUGAUUGGAUUCCUAGAGAAAGGUCAAGAUGACCAAGGAAUAUCAAAGGAGGAGAUGUCCCUAUUACCUCAUGAAUAUGGACCAUUAUCUUACCUUACUGGUUAUGUGAUACGAUCAUUUUACCAAAAGAGCAAAAAUUGUUCCAGAAGCAACUCCGCCCGCAACAAAGAAAUUCAAGCUUUAAUGUCAUCAAUGAGACAGGAAACAGAGAGGAAUGAAUAUAUUUCAUCUUUAUCAAGAGGUGGACUUUGGGCACCCCAUGAAUGGAUUGUUAGGAUUGCAGAGGUUGCUGAGUUGGCAUUCAGAAAGAGUACAAAUAAAGACAAGGUUACUUUUCUUCCAGUAGACAUUAUAGUUAAUGAAGUAUUAACUUCCCCUCUUGUUAAAAGCUUAUGGAACAAUAUCAUUCAAAACUGUUCUGUACAAAUUUCAAAAGAAUGUCAAUGUUUAUGUUUGGAAAAUGUAGUGAAACUAUAUGUUACUGUCAGAUCUUUUUCAUUGGCUAAAGAUAUUGUAAAUAAGUAUAAACUGAGUCAACGUACUCAGAAAACUAAAGCUCUACGAAAGGACCUGAAGAAAGCCAGUGAAGUAUGCUUGUAAUUAUGUCAUAAGUAAUCUAGCACAUUUGAGGUUAAAGGUUGAAUAAAUGGUGAUUUGAUACUCUAUAUAAUUAUUAAGUUUACAAGGUUUCUCGAAGAUCAUUAUUGUACAUUAUUAGUUCAUAAAAAUUGCUUUCAGUACAGCUACAGUAUGCAAUAUUUAAAAGAGGCUGUGACAUCACAUUACAAAAAAUAG